AUGACUCGUCAGUUUUUCAACGCUCUCUUCAAAAACGCUUCGCAAGACUCCAAGCCGACUGUACUGACAUCCUCGAAUCUGUGUGGCAAUCAACGCGAAAAUGACCGAGCUAAAGCGGCGAAGAAGCUCGCUGAUCUCCAAAAGAGCAAGCAGAAAGAGUCUGCUGCUUCCUUGACAAGACGACGAGAGGAAGACGCCCAAAAGAUGCGAGAGAAACAAGCAAAAGCUUUGGCAUUGAAAGGGGAAAGUGGGGGAGGGACGGCGAAGAAAUGA